AGAGCUAUGUAACGGGGAUACUGGAAAAACAGAAAUUGCGUGCGAACGUUGAACAGGUGUGAAUCCGCCUCCUUUGGCAAAGUAGAGGGUUCUUCAAGAAUUCAAGAUUACCAGAGAGUCAUAUAUACGUUUCGUAAAAACGUACGCCUCGUUGGAUUGGAAUAUUGAGAUACUUUAUCGGUCGGUGGAAAAUUGACCUAAUGGAUAAAGUGGGCGAUGCUAGAACAAUCGUUGCAUACGAGCUGCUUAUCUAUGUUCAUUUCCCUGCCUUUUCUUCAAUUGUUCAUACCGCGCGACCCCUCUUGGAAGCGUCAAAAUUUUGAAAGACCUGUUAUUGCCCUGCUGGAGACCACGUUGGCGCCGUUAUGUCGUGCGUUAACGUCGUCCGCGGAAGCGUGCAUGUGCAUAGUGAUGGCAUUGAUCCUCCUCUUCACGCGGCAUCAACAGCCUCUAGAAAAAAAUGUGGCCACUUUUCACACUGUUCUCCCCUCCAGCGACACUGCAAAGAAUGGGGGUAGGAGUAUCCGAGCAAGAUGGGGAAUCGCAAGUUCUGUCAGUGGCCUCUCGGACACGAAAGCGUUGGGUUUGUGGAGGGUGAUACGUUAUUUUGCAUCUUCCUGCUGGCUCGCCAGAAUUUCACGCGGUUGUAUAGUUCGUUUUUCGUGUUGAUAUCAUAUCGACAAGUGCAGGGUCCAUCGCGGUGUUUGUCGAGGCGAUCGUAAGUUGAUCGUGUCAGCUUGAAUCGCAAAAAGCAUGGAGCAGCGUUGACGGGAUCCAAGAACAUCUGGGGAGGGAUUCGCUGAUGGUUCCCGUGGAAACUCGGGAUAUGCGGCCGGUGGCCGAUGUUCCUUAGGUUCGUUGAUCUCCCGACGAAAUCAUGCUGUCGGCAUGCGGCAGACUGGCGCACUUCAAGAAGAGAUUAAAGGCUCGCGAGCUGGAGCUUCGAUAUACAAACCGCGUAUUCGGUGGAUAAGAUGAGCAAGAGCGUCGAGCUACUCGCUGGGUCGGAGGACAGUGAACAGAUACAAGUGGAUAGCAGUCUCGUGGAGGAAAGAUCCCGACUGAACUUGAACGGGAGCCGUCAGCUCUCGAAAAGCGCCACGGAGCUCCGGAACAACGACAGCAGUUCGCCGUCACGACGCGGUGAACAGACCGAUUCUGGUGUCGUUCAUCAUCAUCGGCAUCAUCGGCACGCCACCUCGGUGGCGCAACGUACACAUAUCUUCUUCGCAACCUUGAAGAGCCGUUGGAGUCGAAAUAGGAGCAAGGAACGAAAAAAAUCGAAAGAUGCUGGGACCGUGUUAUCUCAGGGUGUUGAAUCCGAUUACGCUGCCGAUUACUCUUCCGAACAUAGUAAAAGUUCAUCGGCCACGCAGAGUCCUGCCAGACACUAUCUUAAUCAUCCAGAGUCGCCGUUGGUAUGCGGAGGAAGGCAGAAUGUCGUGACAAGACCGGAAGAUAGCCCUGGAAAAAGCAGCGAAGCACAUUCGAAAGGAUCCUUAAAUUUUCAGCCGUCAAAGGAGUCGACCGAGGAAGCUCGAGGGUCGAUCAGCCAGGAUGAUAGCGCGUACCUUCAAGAAGAAGUCACACGAAGGAGAGAAUUGGCAUUGAGGCAGCAUGCUUUUUUCCAGCUUCGUUUGCACAUCAGAAGAGGGGCGAAUCUUGUUGCUAUGGAUAGAUGCGGUGCCAGUGAUCCUUAUGUGAAAGUGAAAAGCGGGGGUCGAUUAUUGCACAAAUCGCGGACAGUUCAUCGCGACCUAAAUCCAGUUUGGGACGAGAGUGUAACUCUGCCAAUAGAAGAUCCUUUUCAGCCUCUCACGUUCAAGGUCUUCGACUAUGAUUGGGGCCUCCAGGAUGACUUUAUGGGCGCAGCGCAAUUGGACCUCACCCAGAUGGACCUAGGUCAACCGCAGGAUGUCGUGUUGGAAUUGAAAGAUCACAACAGACCCAAACAACAUUUAGGGGAGAUUUUUUUGACCAUCACUCUUUGGCCAAAGAAUCAGCAAGAAAAGGAACAGUAUUUCCAAAGGACCAAUCGAUUGGCAGACGUAAAUAGACGACUGAAGUCGCAGAUAUGGAGCUCCGUGGUAACGAUUGUUCUUGUAGAGGCGAAGAAUCUAUUACCGAUGGAUAUAGACGGUCUUUCGGAUCCCUAUGUCAAGUUUCGUCUCGGGACGGAAAAGUACAAGUCAAAAGUGGUGCAUAAAACUCUGAAUCCCGUUUGGUUGGAGCAGUUCGAUCUUCAUCUGUACGAAGAUCCUUAUUUAGGUCAGGAGUUGGAGGUCACAGUUUGGGAUCGCGAUAAAAGCCACCAGGAUGACCUAAUGGGAAGAACGGUGAUCGAUUUGGCGACACUUGAACGCGAGACGACCCAUCGACUCUGGCGAGACCUCGAGGACGGCUCUGGGAAUAUAUUUUUGCUGCUGACUAUUAGCGGCACGACCGCCAGUGAAACGAUCAGCGAUUUAGCCGCUCAUGAGGAAACACCUCGUGAACGUGAACAAUUGUAUCAGAGAUACGCGUUAGCCAACUCGUUGCAAAGGGCGCGGGACGUCGGGCAUUUAACAGUGAAGGUAUUCAGAGCACAAGGUCUCGCGGCAGCCGAUUUGGGUGGCAAGAGCGAUCCUUUCUGCGUUUUGGAAUUGGUAAACGCAAGAUUGCAAACCCAAACCGAAUAUAAAACGCUGGCGCCAUGUUGGCAAAAAAUAUUCACUUUUAAUGUGAAGGACAUCAAUUCGGUGUUAGAGGUAACAGUGUACGACGAGGACAGGGACCAUAAAGUAGAGUUUCUUGGGAAAGUUGCUAUACCUCUUCUGAGGAUAAGGAACGGUGAAAAACGAUGGUACGCGUUAAAGGACAAAAAACUAAGGGGUCGAGCCAAGGGGAAUUCCCCUCAAAUUCUCCUGGAGAUGACCGUAGUGUGGAACGUUAUCAGAGCCUGUAUACGAACGUUAAAUCCCAAAGAGACGAAAUACAUGGAACCCGAGAUAAAGUUCAAAAGACAGGUGUUCCUACGUAACGUUCUCAGAUUAAAGGCAAUCAUCGUUAUCGUGAUUGAUAUCGGAAAAUACGUGCAGAGCUGCUGGGAAUGGGAAAGUAAAAUGAGAAGCAUCAUCGCAUUGAUCAUCUUCGUUUUGGGUUGUUACUACUUUGAGCCUUACAUGUUUCCAGCAGCGGCACUUCUUAUCCUUUUAAAAUAUUAUCUGCUUUACGAAGAUGGAAGUGGAUUCAAUCAAUGGAUUUCCGGACAGGUUGCGAUGAUAACCGGUACACCCUUAUCCCAUCAUUCGAGUUCCCAUUUCCACGACGAGGGUGAUGAAGGCCCAGCCACUCCUGGAGAUGACGAUGACGACGAUGAUGACAAGGACAAAGAAGAGAAAAAAAGUCUGAAAGAGCGACUGCAAGCGAUUCAAGAGGUGACCCAGACUGUUCAGAAUUCAAUCGGUUAUAUAGCCAGCCUCUGUGAAAGAGUGAAAAAUCUUUUCAAUUUCACUGUCCCCUAUCUGAGUUACUUAGCCGUGAUCCUGACGAUCCUCGGUGCCGCUGUUCUCUAUUUUAUUCCUUUAAGAUACCUUAUCCUGGUGUGGGGCGUCAAUAAAUUCUUCAGAAAAAUUAUCCGGCCUCACUCGGUUCCAAACAACGAGCUUCUUGAUCUUAUAUCUAGAGUACCCGAUGACGAGGAACUUCUUAAUUACAGAGAGUUAAAACCAUUGCCGACUGCUGACUGCGAGAAGGGUUCCACUUCGGGCAGUCCAAGUACGUCGAAUUUAACGCGGAGGGAGCAGAGGAAGAGGCACAAGGCCGCGUAGCAGCAUGCCCCGCGGCCAGAAGUCGCGGGUCUACGAUCACCGAGCAUCCUGAGGACGGUCCUGCUGCGCCGGAAGAUGCGUCAGCGAAAGGGAUCAGCGGAGAAUCCAGAUGUGAUCGACAUAGACUGAGAAACGUUCCGUUUCCACUCGUAGUCGUUAAGCUAGGGGGGGAUUUUCAUCAUUCUAGUUCCCAGUCUUUUCUGGUCGUGUUUUUUAGAAACACCGUGCGUGGUAUGUCUUCGAAGUCUAAAAUGUUUUUAUUCUCAGUGAGGGUAGUUUCACGUCGUAUUGCUAAGAGAAAUAGUCAGAUAGCCAGAGAGAGAGAAAGGAUGAAAGAGAUCAACCACCAAAUGGUCGAGUUCAUUGCGACAAGCAAAAAAGUAAUUCUAACUGCAGUAUUCAAAAAAAGACUUUCGCGUCUUUAUAGUGUAAAAUAUUUGAAGUUUCAACUAUAUGCAAUAAUUAAUUACAUGUAUCGAUAUGACUUAAAAAGUUGUAGAAACGUUUAGCGAAACAUGCUUAAGUAUCUACCAAUGUUUAUAAGAUGUUGGUACUUCUCAAAGAGAUUGUUCUACAUUAUUACAUUGUCGACGAAAUCUCCGGGACAUACCACGCAAAAUUGUUACUAGAUAUUAUUUCGAUUCGAUAGUUGGAAUGAACCGAUACAGAUGUACAUCGAGAAUUUCGUAAAAAGAAGCAAACGAUGGUUUUUCAUCUAUAUAAUAUGUUCGAAAUAUAGUAGGAAGUACAUUAAUACCGAAUGGCUCGGCUAUUAUGGUGUUGAUAAAUCUGCGUGGAACGAUUCGUCGAUAGAAAAGUGAAGUGAUAUAAUUUUUCAGUAACAUUAUCAAAAACAAUAGUAACCUAUUGAAUUCUAUUCUGAUUAUAUAAUAUCUAUAAUAGAGAACUAAGAAGUUGGCAGUUGGAACGUUACAUUAGCUACAUAAUUUUCACUAGUGGUACGUGAUCAUUUGGUCCCAUUUUUAAUUUCUCCAUUGACUUACAUUUAUUGAUUUAGAGCUAAUCAAGGCCGACUACCAUCUUCUCAGCUUCCAAUAGUAAUUUCAUGGAAAUUAAGGAAAUCGUAAAUUCGAAUAAACUGAAUUUAGAAAAUAAUAAUAGUAGCGUCAAGAAAGGAGAAACAAGUGUAACAAAUUAUCGUUUGACUUCAAACUAUCGUUUGAAAAAAGAAUGAAGGAAAACACGAACAGACAAACGCUUUUUGAAAGUAUAUACAUCCCGUUCGAACGGGAGGAAACUGCGUUUCGAGCAGACGCUUAUUAGCUAACGAUAUAUGACGGAGAAGAGAUACCAUAGUUAUUUAAAGAAGAGAAAUAGCAAAAAAUACGCGAGAAUAAUUCCCGCAUACGGGUUAUCCUCGAUCCGUUUCGUCCAUCGGUGUCGUAGAUAUAGCUGCUACAGAAUCGUUAUCAUUGAGAGAGAUAUUUAAAAGAAAAAGUAUAAAAAAAAAAUGCAAAAAAAAAAUACAAAGAAAGAAAAAAAGACAAUUAUAGUUAUUCUGCGAUGGUCUCGUUUAGCCAAAGAAAUUCGCUCGACGAGCUAUUUCUUCCAUUUCAAGAACGACGAAUAGAAUAAUCAUUUACUUGACGUUCAUCUGUCUAAAUUUUGUCCCAUAUAAUAAUAAAUUGAAUGAAUUGAAUGUUAUGAUAGUUUUAUCGGUAUAGUCUGUUUAUUUUAUUCAGAUUUUGCCUCGUAUUGUAAUGUUAGCAUUUCUGUAAUUCUGUCUUUUUAAUUUUACUAUUCAGAAAUCGCUGAUUGCCUGUUCGUCGUUCGUGAAAUCAAAUAUUAUUUCAUCAAUUACUGUUGAGACACCUUGAAGUGUCCCAGUGUUAUUCUCUUUAAAUACUAUUUAAUAUUAUCGAAUUCUUCGUUCCAACGCACACUGUCACGCGUUCAUUUGCCUCCUCGAGCAUGAAUACAGUGAACUGUUAAACGAUAACGAGCAUCCUCGCGUCUUGAAAUUGUAAAAAGUGCCAGGAUUUCGCUUCGCAGUUGAAUGAUAGAAAAUAUUACAAUUACUCAUACUAUAACCAGGAACAUAUCAAACAAGUUAGUCAAACAAAAGAAGAAUGUUGAAUUUCUAACGGAACUGUGCUCUCGGAAAUGGCGUUUGCGCGAUUUCUUUAUACAAAUUAUAGUAAUUAAUGAAGAAACCGUGGAAAGAUGUUACUCGUGCAUGAAGAGAUGCUCGUAAGAAACCGGAAGAACAAUAUGGAAAGGGGCAAACAUUUCUCCGGCCAGUUGUAUUACUAUUUUUAUAACGAUAAUAGCCAUUGCUGCCCUAGUGACAGUAGUUCGUAGUUCUUUCGAUUAGAUAACGUUUCUCCGUAACUUUCCUCGUUGCGAAUAUUACGCCAGGUUCUUUCUACCGGUGUUUUCUUCCCAUUGUGUAAUUCAUUGUCUCUGUAAAAAGAAAAGGAAAAGCAUGUUAUUUAUAAUUCUAUUUCCGGAUACGUUACGAGCUCGCAUUGUCGCAAAAAGCAAUAAUAGUCGUGUAAAAGAAUAUUAACGUUAUAGUUAUAAAAGUCACACUUUUACGUGAACAUUGUGUAAACUCACGCGGUGUACAUGUUUUUGAAACAUACUCGAAGAUCAAUUACGCUGAACGAUCUCUCUCUUCUUCCUUCGUAUUUAUAUUUUUCUUUAAAGACCAACUAGUGCGACUAGUAAAAAAGAGAGAGAGAGAGAGAGAAGAAAAUUCCUAAAGUAAUAACGAAUGAAAUUUUUGUAUUUUCGAGUACGUUUUAAAGAAUUUAUCACAGAGAGCAGAACGAUUUGGCCGAUUGGCCAAAAAUUUCGUUAGAUGAACAAGUUAGAUGAUAAAUUCGUUUAUUCGAUAAAUUCGUCAUAGCGGACAUGCUUGAGGAGGGAAGUAAAACGCGUUGUAUUAAUUAUUCCUAACCGCGAUUUUACGGUUGGUGCCAGCCGAUGAGAAAGCCGAAAGGAGAAGGAAAGAUAUCGCUGAUCCAUUUCUUCGCUUUUCUGAAUUCGUAACGUCGCGGCGUCGCCCAUUUUUCCUUUUUUUUUUCUUUUUCUCUAAGUUUUCACCAUUGAUCUUCUCGCUGUUUCUUGUAUGUACUCGCAUUGUCAUGAGAGGCUCAAUAGCGUCAGCAAAACCUUGCGGCAAGAAUCGUGAAAGAAAAUUACAUUUUCACUCGUGUUUGACCCUUUUUGAAGCGUUGAACUAGAAAGCACUGUCUCGUUUCAAUUCCAUUUGAAAUAACAAAUCUCUUCUUUUAAGAAUUUCUUCGUGUAUUCUCUAAUUUUGUAACGUGUUAUAUUUUAUCUCAUAAAACGAAUGUGUUAAAUUCAUAAAUUUGCAGUUGCGAACGGAACUACUGUAUAAAUUGCUGAAAACGAAACGUUAGAUAACGCGAGAUUGGUCAGCUAUGAAAUCGGCAAAUCGUGAAGGAAUCUCCUGGUUGAAAUCGGGGAUAAUAUAUACGAUAGUUUCGGUCGACGUAAUUUUAUCCACAAUCUUUACGGGAAGAUUGAGGAACUGAGGCUAUAAUCGGAAAUUGUUCGCGCUUCGAAGGGUUCAAAUUGCAACUUUCAUUCGCCAAUUGCGGGCCUAAAUCGCGAGGCAAAUGCGUGCAAUACAGAGUACACUGAAUACAUGCAUGUGAACGCUAGGACGAGAGACACGUGAAUGAAAAACGAGGGAAAGAUAGGCGAUUCUUUUUUUGUCAUCUAGUCAACGAACUUUCUUAGUAAAUGAGAAACUUGUGAUACUGCGGAUCAAUUCCCUUGUGUUUAGGUAUUGGCGUCGGGGCGGUGUGUGAUUUAAAAUCUGGCGACUACAGGCCAAGCAAAGGGCACCAUUUUCUAUUUCGUAGAGCUUAGUUUCAGAGUUUGGUUUUGUUACAAAGCGGACAAUCAGAGAUACAAGCCGAUCGUUGCGUUUGUUGCUGUCGUUUUUGGAGAUUUUAAAUCGCACAGCUCGCAACACGGUAGUAUGGUUUUUAUAAGUCAUUCCUUGCGACAUUCCUUUCGUUGAAAUUGUGUGUGUACGUGGACUCACUUGUCACGUUUUUUUCAUUUUUUUUUUUCAUAAAAUCGUAAAAGUAUUCUCUUCUUCUAAAUUCUCAAAAUUCUCUAUGUUUACAGCUAAGAUUGAAUUCUUUCUAAAGAUGUUACAAUAAGUCGUGUACUCGUGCAAUUUCAUUUUUCAUGCAUUUAAUCAUACUGAAGCGUCUGCUGUUGAAGCAAUAAAGUUCAAAGCACUUCUAGUAAAGACGAUUGUUAACGACAGCUAUUGUAUGGCUAUGAGAAAAAUAACAAAGAUUUAAAACAGUCAAUAACGGUGACUACUAGUGAUGAAGGGGGCAUUGAUUGCAAGAAAUUGAGGCCACAACUUUGCUAAUGAAUAAACAUUAGCGAUGAAAAUUAAAAUUAUGAUGAAAAUUACUAGAGAAUCUACUUAUUAUUUUCAGUGCUAUAAACUUUUUAAUACAUGGCCUGAAUAUACAAUUAUCUUCAUGUUUAUGUUUACUCAUGAAAAUGACCACCACUAAAACUACUAAAUAGAAUCAUUUUUUUCUAAUCGAGACUAUCACCAUUGUCACCAUUGUUUUCUUAAUAAUAAUACGUAACAAAAAUUUCAAACUAACUUUCAAUUACACACGAAGAUGAAGAUGGCGAGGAACUUUAGAACUGUCUCAAUGUUAUUUGAAAAGAAAACAGCCGACGCUUCAAGAGAAACUAUUCGCGUUUUUACAGUGUGGUUUUCUACUCUUCCAAUUUUGUACUUCCAACAAAAGGUGUAUGUAAGAUAUUUCAGAAAGAUUGUUUUCUCAAUUCAGGAGAAGAACAUUUUCCUGCGUAAAAGGAAAAUGCUGUUCUAGAAAAAAAAAAAAAAAAAAAGACACGUCUACUGUUAUAUUUCAAGCCUUUCGAAAUUAUUAUCUUGUGCACGCACUUUCGAGUUUGCAUGCUCCAGUUUCUUCGUGUUAUAUGAAUCUUCAUUAAAGUGUUUUAGCUGUUAAGAAGAGAGCAGGGGCGCGCGCGCGAGAGAGAGAGAGAGAGAGAAUGAGAGAUGGUGAAUAAAUGAGACGAAAGAGGAAAGAAGAAAAAGGAGAGAAGGACAGAACGAAUUCGAUUUCCACGAAAUCACAUACGAGGGUGCAUAUUUUUUCCCUGAGCCCUGUCCUCUGGAUGAGUGCUUUCUAUUUCUAAAGAAUAUCUUUUUCUACUUCUAAAGAACAUCCACUUUGUUUCAUCAUUGAAAUUGAUUUUCAAAAACGAAACGUUCAAGCGAAUAUUGCUUUUCUUUAUCUUUUUUUUUUUUUGCCAAAGAGAAUUGUUAAUAAAACAAACUUCUUUCUUACAGUGCGACAAUAUUGAAAUUCGGAAUCGUAGCUGGAAUAACAUUCACAUCCAUCUUGUCUCGGUCGUCGAAUAGUAGCAUGGUCACGUUAUUAUUUGAUCCUAGAGUCUGGAUAGUCUUCACGAAACUUAUUUGUUUGAAACGAACGAAAUGAAACAGGUCGGGAAGCCUGUGAUUGCGAUUCAAAGAACGAGUUCAUUCUACGAACAAUUUUUCAAUUUUACCGUAGUUGGAUGAUGGGAAACGAUGAUAAUACUGAUCCAGAAGGCAGAUCGAUCAGACAACGCUCCGCACACGCUCUGUCUACUUCCUAAUCAAUAGGGCAAACGAAUAUUAUAUUUAAGGUAAUUAGAUAGAGUUCAAAACGCAAUUGUGAUUCGGUCGGCGGAUUAAUUCGCGAAGCCAUUCAGCGGUAAAGAACGAAAAUUGAAAACACACAGUGGUGAAGCAAAGAAGGUCCGGACCAAGUCCAGAUCGGGUGAUCUCGAUCGUACAAAAAAUGAAUUAGAGAAAUU